CCGUGAGAGAGACCGACUGACUGACAGAGAGAGAGAGAGAGAGAGAGAAAGUGUGAACAGAGUCGAUGAACUGAGCUGUAAAAAUCGAUGUAGUGCAGCACGGCUGUUUUCCCAAAAUGAGAAGAAGGUUAACUUUAGCUCUGAUCAGCACUGCUGUUCUCCUGUUCACGGCGUCCUGCAGGCGCUCGGAUCCACACUGACUUACAGAACUUAAAGUGCAUUACAUUGUUUACAUAUUUUCAUAUAUACAGCUGAACAGUUUAGGGUUUAAAGCCUUUGCUCAAGAUUCUGUUGAACACAUGACCUUGGCUAGAGCAGAAUGCAGACUUCUGGGCACCGGUUGCGGGAUGUGGAGCAGCACCACCCCUUGCUGUCCAGCGGGGAGGAGGAGGUGAGCGUGGGCCGGGUCUGGUUCAUUCAGGAUGGCUGUGGAAUGGUGUGCGCCUCCAUGACUUGGUUUCUAGUGAUGUACGCAGAGUUCGUGGUGAACUUCGUCAUGCUUCUGCCUUCCAAAAGCUUCUGGUACUCGCUCAUCAACGGCGUGGUGUUCAACUUCUUGGCUGUGCUGGCGCUGACCUCGCACCUGCGCACCAUGCUGACCGACCCGGGAGCUGUUCCUAAGGGAAAUGCCACUAAGGAGUACAUGGAAAGCCUCCAGCUGAAACCAGGGGAAGUCAUUUACAAGUGCCCUAAAUGCUGCAGCAUCAAACCAGAGAGAGCUCAUCACUGCAGCAUCUGCAAGAGAUGCAUCAGGAAAAUGGACCAUCACUGUCCCUGGGUGAACAACUGCGUCGGCGAAAACAACCAGCGAUACUUUGUGCUGUUCACUAUGUACAUCGCUUCGAUCUCUCUACAUGCUCUCUGCCUCAGCGGCUUCCACUUCUUCACCUGCGUCAGAGUUCAGUGGAACGAAUGUAGUGACUUCUCUCCUCCGGUGGCUGUCAUGCUCCUCAUUUUCCUGUGUCUGGAGGCUCUCCUCUUCCUCACCUUCACUGCCGUCAUGUUCGGCACCCAGCUUCACUCCAUCUGCAACGACGAGACGGAAAUCGAGAGGCUGAAGAACGAGAAGCCGACAUGGGAGCGGCGAGUGCGCUGGGACGGGAUGAGGGCCGUGUUCGGAGGCCCGCCGUCUCUCCUGUGGUUUAACCCUUUUGCUGGACUGAGACUGCGCCGACUUCUGAUGGUCCACGCUCGGAAGGGCGGCUCAGAGUUCGCAGUCUGAGCCGAGCGAGCUCACGUUUCUCCGCACGUCAGCGUGCCAGCGUGCCUUUUAAGACCCAACGCGUAGAGGACGCACGGCACAAUGACGCAGGUACGGGGACUCGGGGAAGAGAAUGUGUGAUAAACCAGAGGCCUGGUGGAGGAGAAAGGCCCAAAUAUGACAAACUACCUGCUAAAAACCACUGGACCUCAGUCAAAGGAUCAUUUUUGCUUUUGGCUUCUCUUGGCUGGCAGAUUUUUUUUUUUCUGUGAAUAGAUUUUGUUUUUAAAGGAUUUUUUUUCCUGUAUUUUUUUUUAAACAGAACUUUAAAGGGAAAAAAAAUAACAUGCACAAUCUCACAUUUAAUUCCAACAGCAUCAUUGUUUAAAUCUUUAAAUCACACGUCCAAACCGAAGAACUCUGGAACCUUCUCUAAGCAUUAAGAUUUCCUCUGUAACAAAAUGCAGAAAGGAUGAUAAUUAUUCCUAGAUUUAGAAACACGAACUAUAAAUGACGGUUUAUUUCACUUCCUAAUAUAGUAGAGACAACGUUAAACCUCGUUUACAAACUUUUUUUUUUUUUUUGACAUUCGUGUAAACGGCACUGAAUAUUUAGACUAUUUACACUGUUUACUUUCCGUGACGCUAAAUCUGAGAUCAUCGCUUACCCUGAAUGUAGACAAGAUCGCAUUAGAGAACAUGCCGUAGGGAUAACGCAUGACCUUUUGCACACCUAAGUUUGGUUGUCAUAGCAGAGGAGAUGACGUCAGACCAGACCAGACCCCAACCAGAGCAGACCAGACCCUACCCGACCCCAACUAGACUCAACCCGACCCUAACCAGACCCGACCCGACCCCAACCAGAGCAGACCCGACCCUACCCGACCCCAACCAGACCCUACCCGACCCGACCCCAACCAGAGCAGACCCGACCCCAACCAGAGCAGACCCGACCCCAACCAGAGCAGACCCGACCCCAACCAGAGCAGACCCGACCCCAACCAGACCAGACCCUACCCCAACCAGAGCAGACUCAACCAGACCAGUCCAGACCCCAACCAGAUCAGACCAGACCCCAACCAGACCUGACCAGACAAGACCCCGACCAGACCAGACCCAACCAGACCUGACCAGACCAGAUCCGACCCCGAUGACACUCAGACGUAUAACUUGCUUAGCAGCUCAAGAACUAUGCUGGAUGUUCUUGUGUGUUUUACAUACGACGGCUAACAGUCCAACUAACGAAUCACGUGAUGUUAGCAAUACCGUGGCUGCGUCUCCACAAGAGCUUUUUACCUCCCCGUUAAAGACGAUUCUUUAAUCAUCGCAGAUGUUUUAUACAGUAGACGCAGAGUAUUUUGAACGGUAUCGGAUUCGACGUGAGCCGUAAAGUACCGACUGAAUCCGUGUUCAUGGAAUAAUGUAUUGUAAAUAAAAACAAAGCUAAACGGAACGGUUUAUUAAUUAGACCAGGCUGCCUGCAGAGCUUUCUCUUUCAUUCCACACGAUGGACACAGUAUAUAAAAUAGCAUCUAAACGUGACCACACGUCCUUCCCCCAGGACGUCGGGUUCUUCAGUGCCAUGACGGUCAACAGUAUUAGUUUCUAUUCAUUGUGCACGUGUACGCAACCCUUUACCUCCCAGGGCAUUAAACCCAUCAUGCUGCCUUCACAGAAACCUAAUAUUUAUCCAAAAAAAAAAAAACGCACCUAUAACACGUCAGUAACAGUGUAAUUAUUUAUUUGCUUUCGGGAUUUAUAUCCUUCCAGUCCAACUGCAUUGUUCUAAAAAGAAAUCUCUCACAAUCAACAUCACAUUCAAUGCUAAAAAGCAAACGAGUGACUCAGGCAUCGUUCACAAGCUCGCCCUGGACGUCGAAAGGAAAAAGUCUAAAUAAUAUCUUAUAUUAUAAAAUAUAAUAUAGACUCUUAAUAUAUUAUUUAUAAUGCUUUAGACAAUAUAUUUAGCCUGAAUCGCGGAGUUCAUUCGCAGUCGAGCGAAUAUCGCUGAAUCGUAUCUUUCGGUUCGGUUCACUUAUGAAUCAAAUACACUGAAAAUAAACGAAUCGAUUCAGUGUCAUUUAGACAUUUGCUUAAGCAUCGCAUUUAGAUUCCGUUCUUCAUUAAAAAAAAUAAAAAAUUAUGCUGAACUGCUGAUAGACUGUAGAAACUAUACAGAUCCAUAAAUAUUGGCACCUGUUAAACGGGUGAAAACAGAAUACUCGUGGGGGUGGGGGGGGUGGGGGAGUUGGAUGUCGUUAUGCUGUGAACGAGAGAAAUUUCAACCUUUUUAAUUAAAGUACAGUUAUUUUGUGUGCAUGUGAGUGAAGCGUUAAAGUCCAGACUUGUUUACAUCGGCGGCUCAGUAAUAGAUAAUACGUGGAUUUUAAGAGAUCGUAUGAACCGGGGAAUUAACCGCGUCUCUGACCGACUCGGCUCGCCGUAGGAGUAACUUAAAAACGGAUAAAACGCUAUAAACACAUGCUGUCACAGGAUCAUAAUCAAUCUGGCGGUGGUUAUUUUUCCCUCAUCCACAAACUUGAUCGCUUUAUUCCGCUCGUACCGAGGCGACUCCGCAAAAAAUGAGCCGCUUUGCUUCGUUACAAUCGAUGCUCAGUAAUAAACCAGAUAUACAUCAACGAGACAGAUUUCACAGAAAGACACCGUGAAACAGAGACAACGAGUAACAUCGGAAUCUUAUCAUCCAUGUUUCUGAGCUCUCGUCCCGUCUACACGAGGCGUCACUCGGGGAUUGUCUUAGUACGUGUUUACUUAAAAAAAUACAUAAAAAUAAAUAAAAAUAGUGUAAUGGGGUCUUUACGUUGGACUCCAUAUGAACACACGAACACAUCUCGCAGUAGAUUAAAGAAAGUGCUUUUGUAAAAUCAUUGUCAUUUCUCCCAGCUGUUUGUUUUAGACCAUGUUUUUUUUUUAAUGAUCGUUUGCUGGAACACAGGAUGUGCAACAUGAUGUCUGUGUGGGUUUAAAAAAAGAAAGAAAGAAAGAAAGAAAGGUGAGUCCACUUCCUGUUUGCAAUCCUCGAAUAAGUCAAAAGCGUUAAGACUUAUUUGCAUGUACGUCUUUAAGAAUGUAUCUUGUCUUUUUUUUUUUUAAAUGAAGUUUUCUUUUAAGGAAUAAAAACAGGCCGUCUUGGUAACACUAAUCACCUCUGGAUGAGCUCUAAGAAACAUCAUGCACUGCAGGUACAAGUGUCAUAACCUUCAGUAUACAAAUGAAAAGGCAAAGGGUUUAUGGAUUAUAGACGCAAAAGGAAUAUUAAAGCUUAAUCGGUUGAAGUGUAUGACGUCAGAAACCCCGUGACGUACGUAAUCGCCGUUCUGUCCGACGUGUUCGACCUUAUUCCUGGAAACUGGAAGGCAAAAACAGGAGAUGUUGUAAAUGAUGAUGAUUAAUUUCUUUUUCAACUGUCAUUAAAUAAUUGUUCUUUCAUAUGUGAAGCUCUUUUGCAUAAUAAACUUGUUAGGUUCAGAACUA